CAUUCCAGCCGCCGCCGGCACAACCAACCAACCCAUCCAAGUCACGUCGAGGUCUUCUCCCGUCCUCGGUCUCUCCAUCGAAUCGAUCGAACGCCCGCCCCUUGGAGAGGUCUGUAUUCGGAUCCAUCGAGAUCCCAGUUGGUUCAACGGAAUCUAUGCUUGAGAGAGAAGUGUGUGACAUAAGUAAAGGUCCAACCAUGGUACAUCACCAAAAUCAAUAUAGCACUAUGGGCGGCAUGGUAGACAAUAAGCACAAUGUGAACGUAAAAGAAGGGGUAGUUGAAUAUAUGAAGGCGAAAGAGAAAAAGAAACAAAACAAAGAAGAAGGUGAUAAGAAAAAGGAGGAUAAGAAGAUGGUGAAGUACAAGGAGAAGAAUGAUAAAACAAGGAGUAAUGGUAAGAAGGAUAAUGAGAAGGAGAAGGAGGAUCAGAGGAAAAGGAAAGAAAAUGAGAAGAAGAUGAAGGCACAUAAGGAAAGAGAGAACGAGAAGGGAAAUGAUAAACAGGAGGAGGAGUCAAAACAAAGGGAUGCGAAGGAUGAGAAUGAUAAAACAAGGGGUAAUGGUAAGAAGGAUAAUGAGAAGGAGAAGGAGGAUCAGAGGAAAAGGAAAGAAAAUGAGAAGACGAUGAAGGCACAUAAGGAAAGAGAGAAGGAGAAGGGAAAUGAUAAACAGGAGGAGGAGUCGAAACAAAGGGAUGCGAAGGACGAGAAUGACCCCAAAAAAUGCCCUCAAUUCUUUAGGUCGCUCAUAACCAGAUCAUCUAUGGAACAAGAGACAAUUCCAGAAGACUGCCACAAAUACUUGGAAGAGUGUACAGGAGUGGUUUACCUCAGAGGUCCAAGUGGAAAUAAAUGGCCUGUAGAGCUGGCUAAAAUCUCUGGGGAGCUAUGCUUUGCGCGUGGAUGGAAGGAGUUCCUCCGUGACCACCGCGUCAUGUAUGGCUACCUGCUGGUUUUCCGUUAUGACGGGCAGUCACAGUUCUCAGUGACGGUGUUCUUGCCAUCGUACUGCGAGGCGCCGUACGCGUCUCUCGCCCAGCCGCAGUGCAUGGAUGCCGCCGUGGCCGCAGAGGAUGAGAAUGUGCACACGGGCACCGUUGCAGAUGGUACUGCCCCACAAAAAGAAGACUCUCACAUUCGCAUACGUGCAGAUGGUACACCACAAAAUGGACAUGAAGAAGAAGAAGAUGCUUUAGAAGAAUAUGAAGGGGGCGACAACAUGAGUGCCAAUGCUGACGGCACUGGUGCACAAGAGGAAGAGGAAGACACAUUAUAUGAAAGUCCAGAGAAUGAUGAAGACAGUGAAUGGCGCAGUGCACCAUCGCAGCAACAGCAUGAGGAUCGAGGCAAAAUUGACAAUGGUUUUGUGGUCAGGACGAGGACUUGGCUCAGGAAGGAGGAUGAUAUCAUGGCAGAAGUGGUCCAAUCCAAGAAGUCCAAGGUUAUGGAGGGAAUAGUGCAUGAAGCUCUAUCUAGUGAUUCAGAGUCGGAAGGAGAAGCAUUAGAAUUGAAGCAUCGCCCAUCCAGGAAGUCCAAAGCUGCUGAGGGGAAAAGACCUGAAGCUCUAUUAGAAUUGGUCCGUCGUCCACCCAAGAAAUCCAAGGCUGAGAGGAAAAGGUCUGCUGCUUCAUCAGCUUCUAAAAGAACGACAUCAAGUGACAAUUUGGCAGAAUCGGAGCAUUGUCCACCCAGGAAAUCCAAGGCUGCAAAGGGGAAAAGGCCUCAAGCUCAAUGCGGCCAUUCGGAGUCUGAGGGAGCAGAAUCAGGUGACAGUUUAGCAGAAUUGGUCCGUCGUUCACCCAAGAAGUACAAGGCUCAGGGGAAAAGGUCUGCUGCUUCAUCAGCUUCUAAAAUGACGACAUCAAGUGACAAUUUGGCAGUUCAUACAGGUGUAUUCGCGCCAGAAUCCGUAUGCAAGGACUUGACCACAUUACGCAAAUCUUUUGGUAACAAAUAUAGAAAGGAGGCCCAGUUCCCGAUGUUCAAUAAGAGCAACAGUGAAAACCUACCUGGUAGAGUUCUCAUCAAGGUUCAGAGAAGGCCAGAAUUAAAGUCGCAGAGACGUCCAGUAACCCAAAGUGACAAGAAAGACGCCAUGAACAGGGCGCGGAGGUUCCAAUCCGAGAGGCCCUAUGUUAUGAAGGAAAUGAAUCACAACAAUGUCUAUGGCUCGUGCUUCAUGAUAAUACCAGACAUGUUCGUUGAAAAUUUCCUCCCGAAGGACAGCAGGAAGAUCACACUGUGGGACCCGCAGGCGAAGCCGUGGAAGGUGUCGUACGAGUACACCGGCGGUGAACGUCCCCGUGCGGCGUUCAGCGCCGGGUGGGGCGCGGUCGCCAUGGAGAACAACCUGGAGAAGUGGGACAUCUGCAUCUUCGAGCUCCUGGACCAGGAGUACAACAUCAAGCUGCACGUCUUCAGGGCCGUGCUGGAGAUUACCCCCUUCGUCCUAGCCCCAAAACAUCAUCCACAGGGUUGUGCAUAGCCCUUUGUUUUUGUUCUAGUAAUAUGUUGGUGAUGGAGGCGCGUGUUGGUGACUAUUUUGUUGAAUUAUUAUCGGAUCAUAUUACUUUGUGAAUCAUGUUUGUGACUGUUUUAUUGAGUAUUUACGUUGGUUUUCU